AUGAUUAGUUCGAAACUAGCCCUAUAUCUGGUCGUUAUUUUGUUACUACAGCCAAUCCCGAAGGCGAAAGCGCAGGAGGAGAUUCUGCUUGGACUUGAGGCUUCGUAUCUUAUCGCCAAAGGUCUCAAACAUCUCUUCUGCUAUAUAUCAUCGAGGCGGGAGCGAAAGGCGACAUACCAGAGAACAGGUCAACUUCCUCCGGACGAAGACGAUUAUGAAGAAAUGGCGACAGCACUUGUAGAGGGUUUCAACGUUACCAUCCGCUUCUUCGACGGCUCAUUUUCAUCUGCAGCGAUGAAAGUACGGUCUCUUUUAUAUCCGGUACUGGUGCUGAUGCUGCUGAACCCGGUCGCAACCGUCGAAAAAGACACCUGGAUAGAAAUAGCGGCCAAUCGAGCGCGUUCGCUUGGAAAAUUCAUAAAGAAUGUUUUCUGUUACGCUACGACGGGCCACGGACAGAACUCGGCAGCUGAUGAUGUCACCAAGACUGACACCAUGUCGAAGUAA